AUGGAGCAGACUCCUUGCACGCCUGAGUUUGAGGCCACCAUCAGCAUUGCUCUGGAUUAUAUCUUGGACGUCAUGAUGCACUCUUAUGCGUGCAUUUUGCCCCCCAAAACACGUCUGGACGUGUUGCACUGGUCAGAACUAUCUGAGUUGGACUAUCAUCUAUAUGGAGUCAAGGACGAAAACUCAUACAAGUUUGCGUUGGUGCUCUACAAUGACCAAAUACACCAAUAUAGAGACGCUGUGCAACGCGUGAGGUUUGCUACUGGUAAAGUGAUUGAGUUCGCAGAAAUGGUGGUGUCCAAGUGCAACUCUUUCGGUAAAGCAGUGGUGAUGAUCUCGACGGACAUUGAGUUCUUGCUGAAGAAACAAUCUAUCCUCACAUCUACUGGGCUGACCGCUUGCAUCCGAAGUUGCAGAGAUAUAUUUAAGGAGAACGUUUGUGACGAGCUGAUCAUGUGGAUAUCAGACCUCACGAACUCCAUGAUUGUGAAGAACAAUCUGAACUACCAGGACGUCAUUUGUAUGGCGUUUCUCAGCAGGUACAACCGCGGAUACAAAGAUUUGCCGGUGUCUGUCCAUGACUUAAAGCUUCAGGAUUAUAACCUCAAUCGAGACAAUUAUGACGGCGCAUUGCCUAAAGACACGCUAGUAUAUUACAAGUUCCAAACACACUAUACACCAUUAAAAUAUGAAUGGGAGAUUCCUUCAGACAUUUUAAAACAAUGUCAGUAUUCCAAUCUUUCUCUUCUGGGGAGCGGCAAGAACUACGUCCAUUUUGAGGGAUCCCGGUUCCAAUAUUUAGCAUACUUUGACAUUAGAUUCUGCAAGACCAUCCGAACGAAACUGCACGAUAUUUACGUUUCAGUCAUCAUCAAUGACCUGAAGUACAAGCUUCUUUUCACCGCGCAAUAUGUUGACAUAUACGUGGACCUCACAACUAUGUUUCUGUCUCUUGAUCGAGAGCCAGAGUAUUCAUUGUUGCCCAUGCUCUCGCCUCAACUUUUCACCUGUCCAUCAAAUUGUACCGCCAUUGUGAAACAUGGAGACAUGUGCAAAAUGAUAGAAAUGGUCGAUUAUUAUGUGCGGACAGGGUUCACCAAAGUGAAUCAUUCGCAAUACUCUUCCAACAAGACUGGGCUGUUGUACUUUUCAUUGAAAAAUCGCAAAUGGGGCCAUAUUUUCCUAGAUAUGACCUACAUUAUUAGCAGGAAUCAGAUCAACGAUAACCUAUUUUCAUAUCUGCCGUAUUUCAACAAGUUGUUGGAGGUUUUGUCGGUGUUCCAAGGGAGACCAACCAUCAAGCGUGAGGCAACCACUCACGUGGAAUACGAACUUACAGACUACGGACUGUAUUUCAAUGGAAUGUCGGUGAUAUCUCACUUUCUGGAACACAUCUCCAAGGCACUAAACAAGACAUCUUCCGAAGACUCUUCGCAUUACUUGCUGAAACUCACUGUUUGUCAGAUCAUUCGGACUUUAUUCAUGAAGCAUGAAUCUCCGAAAGAAAGUGAGAUGGGGGUUAAUAAAAUAGUUGAGAACCAAGAACCCGUUGUUGAGUUUCAUACAUUACAACUUAACAAUGUUUCCACUCGUAUCGUCAAGUUCGAUGUGUUGAGUGAAAAGGUCAGCUUUUUGCAUCCGUUACACUCUUUUCUUUCUUGGUGUAUUGAGAUGAGUCCAUCACUUUCGAAAGAGUCAAUAUUCGGAUUUGUCAUGGACUGUAUUGAUCAAAUUCCUAGGAUGUUGGAUGUUGGCUCACCAGAUGCCACAAUGGAGGGCGAUUACACGAAAGCUGUGUUCGAUAUUCCUUUAAGGACAAUUGUAUUGUUGUCACAAAUCAAAGUUGGAUUGUGGGUUAGGAACGGUCUUAGUAUAAGAAACCAGAUGAACAUUUACAAAAACUCUGGCAUACGUGAGUUUGGUUAUUUCAGAGACCUAUUUCUGGUUCAGGUGUUUUGCGCUUUUCAAAAUACUGAUGUAAGCCUACCUACAUUGAUUGAUAGAUGGAGUCUUGUGGAUUGGUGUCAAGGAGAUUAUGAAAAUUCUCCAUACACCACAGCACAUGUUCAUGAAAUGGCUGAGGAGUUUAUUUUAUUUUUGAUCAACUUGCUCACUGAGGACUUGCAUCUACACAAGAAAAGUGCAGCGGAAAUUCCGGAUCUGCGAAUCAGAAAAGAGAUCAUCCAAUCUCUAUGCUUCAAGCCUGUUAGCUAUAGCAAAAUAACUUCCGAAAUAUCAGAACACAUAACCUCAGAAAAAAGGUUCUUUAUCGUGUUUAACCAGUGCGUUGAUGAGAUUCCCCAGAAAACAGUUUCCCAGACGCUUAGGGAUGCAAAAACAUACAAGUUGAAAGACGAGCUUUACGAUGAAGUGGAUCCCUACUAUAUUCACUAUAGCUCAAAUAAGAGGGAGGACUGCAUGAGGAUACUCAAGGAGCGUAUUCACCAUAUCACUAAAGUACCGAUGACAGAAGUUUAUGUUUCCCCAAAGAAAAUCAAUUGGGAUGAUGGCCCGUUCAAAGGCCUUACUAAGAUUACAUGCUCUGUCCAUUUCACAUCUAUUUUGGAAAGCACGCUCAAAUACUGUUUGGAUCAUGUAAAGCCCGAGUCUUCCAUCGACACAUUGCUUGACUUCACACUGCAUUUAACACAUAUCGCUGUCUGUUUGCCCAAUGCGUCCGAAUUUAUCUCGCUCUAUAUCCGGAAUUGCAGAGUUCCAUCAUUGCUUUACUCAUUGCUUCUGAAAGAGAAAUUUAGAGCUUUCUUUCCAAAAUGCAGGGCCAUCCUGAAAAUUGUGUGCGACCAUUUUGAAAAUAAUGACGACGUAUUGACCCAAAUGAUGCCGGAAUAUAACCCAUCAAACAUCAAACCAUCGAGCACUUCUGAGGAGUCCGUUUCAGACAAGAAGAAACGGCUAGCGAAGAAAAAACGGUGUCAAAUUUUGGCCAAAUUCAAGAAGCAGCAACAAAAAUUUGCAGAAAACUUCAGCGUCGAUGGUACCGACUUGAUGGACGUUGAUGAAUAUGAUUCUAAUGAGGAGGAUAAUAGCUGGACUUAUCCUCAUGAAAGAUGUAUUCUUUGUCAAAUGCCUGCGAACUACGAAAAUGAACCCUUUGGGAUUAUCAGUUACAUUCUACAAAGCAACGAGUUUAGAUCGAUUCCAUUUGACGAUAAAUACUGGUUCUACAAAAGCUUCACCGGCAACGCAAAUUUGGAUGAGGAGGAAGUUACCAGAGAUACCAAAGUGCAAGCUUACCUAAACAAGGUGGAAGAAGAUGCCGUCAUUGGGCCUGGAUUCCCAAGUAACGAGCAUGCUUGUAACGAAAAUCAUGCAGUCUUCAACAGCUGUUGCCAUGGUAUGCACUUUUCCUGCUACUCAAGCUUUCUCAAAUCGAUCAAGGCAAGACAAGUUUCACAGAUCACAAGGACAAUACCGGAAGACGUGUCGCGCCAGGAAUUUCUUUGUCCCUUGUGCAAAGCUGUCAACAACAUUUUUGUUCCAAUUUACUAUACAUCAAACAGUGUCAGUCUUGUCAACAAACUCAGAAACAAGUCUAAACCGAUUUUUGACCCCGAAUUAGAAAACAUCUUGGAGAACAGUCCUGCUCAUCUCGAGGUCAUCAAGAACGAUCUAAUUGGGUAUGUCAAGUCUAAUGUGAAACCCCAAUACUGGUUCAUCAAGGAUGAUAAUUUGACAGUGGACACAACUUCAAAGUCGUUUUUAGCAUUGAAUCAUUCGCUAAGCGCACUUGCUGUUCUUUCAUUACCGUUUGAUGGUAUAAGUUCGCUUAUAACAAAAACAAUUGAAUCGGUCGAAAUAUCUCUGAGAGGGCUCUAUUACGACCCUGGGGCUUUACAGCUUCUAAUAUACGAGAUUCCUAACCAGUCCCUGACUUCAUUGCGUGUUUGGAGUCAAUUCCGCGAGUUGAUCAGAAAUGCAGAAACAGCUACAUCAACGACCAAUCAAUACAGUCGCAGCUUUUUGACAUAUCCCGAAAGACUUUUGGGAUUAUGGAACAACAUAUACAAAGAUGAGGACCUUCUUCAUGAGGGUGAAGACUACUUUAAGCUUUUAGUAGGAGCUGAAGAGGUUCCUAGCCUGGGUCUUGAUUACAGCAGGCUUCUUCAUUUGUGCUAUAUAAAGCACGUGAGGCAGUCAGUGUUGAGUCUGAUGAGCAAGUUGGAGAUUAUGAAGUUUGACUCAGAGGAUAUGAUUGAUGAUCUCGCUGAUAUACCCUACAAUUCGCCCAAGCUUGACCGGAUAUGGCAAACUUUUUGUGGAAACGAACACUCGCAGGCCAGCGGGAUUUUGUACUCGAUGCUUGUGAGGCUGAUUACGCCAUUUCUUAGGAAAUGUCUGAUCUAUUCCUUUGUGCGAUUUUCCGUUCUGCUUCCUGGUGAUCUUCCCGACUUGACGCAGUUCUCCCUUGAAUGUGACAAAUUAUGUGCGGUUAUGAAUCUUCCGAAUCUCUAUGACGUCUUGGAAGCCUUUCCGCUGGAACAAUUUAGAACCUCUAUGGAAAGAAGAUUGCAGUUGCGCAGUGCCAGAAUCCAAUUCCCUGCUCAAAUCAGACUGAUUCCAUUACCUCACCGCUUGAACAAAUUUUUCAGUCUUUACUAUAAUAAGCUUACCGACAAGCCUUCAGAUCCUGCUAUAUGUCUCUUCUGUGCCAAGUUGGUGCAUCUUCAGGUUCAAAAUUAUGGUGAUCGCCUGGGAGCCUGCAAUAUCCACCUAAAAUGGGAAUGCAUCAAUGGAGAGUUUGGCAUAUUUUUCAUUCCAAAGAGCAAUUCUAUUCUUCUGUUGAACAAGGGUAAAGGAUCCUUUUUCGAGAGUCCAUAUUUGGAUGACUACGGCGAGAUAGAUCAAGAUUCCAAGAAGGGACAUGACCUGUCGCUGUCGCAGCCGAAAUAUGACGAGUUUAUCAGGACUGUCUGGCUGCAGCAUAAUAUUCCAAAUCAAAUUGCGCGCAAGCUGGAAAGCCAGAUCGACAUCGGAGGAUGGGAGACCCUAUGA